AUGCGCUCAACUUACUCAUUUACUGCAUUAUAUUCGAGACGAAUAUCGUUUCUUUUUUCGUUUUUAUCAACGUUAUCUCUGUUAUCUACAGCCGUUGCACAAUCAAAUCGUACUGCAUUAUCAUCAAAUAAACAAACGCUUUUUCCACCAUCGUCUAAAGUUAUUACAACGACUAAUCCACUGGUGGAUGGUAGUACCACAUUACCUCCACAUCGUCGGCAUCAUCGUAUAACAACAACAACAACAACAACCACAACAACAACAACUUCAGAACAGAUAACAACAAACGACGUUAAUAAAAAUAUCACAGAUCUUCGUAUAAAUACAACAACAAGAGAAUUGAAAAAAGAAGACCAUUUACGUCCCACAGCUCAAAUUAUUGGUCUAGCAUUUGUUUGUUCAUUUAUGAUUAUAUUUACAAUAUUUGGUAAUCUGGUUGUUAUUAUUGCCGUGUGUUUAGUUCGAAAAUUGCGUACAGCCUCAAAUAUUUUAAUUGUUAGUUUAGCUGUUAGUGACUUAUGGGUGGGUAUUAUUGUCAUGCCAUUAGCUCUUAUCAAUGAUAUUUAUCAAGGUUACUGGAUAUUAGGCACAAUUAUGUGCGAUAUAUGGACAUCAACCGACGUUCUAUUGUGUACAUCAUCAAUAUUAAACUUUUGCGUUAUAUCUAUUGACAGAUAUUUUAUUAUUAAUCAUCCAUUUAAAUAUGCACCAAAACGAAAAAUAAAAUUGUUAUCUUUGAUGAUUGCAGCUGUAUGGAUUUUGAGUGCUCUCGUCUCGUUGCCACCAAUUUUUGGUUGGGGACGACCUGCAAAAGAUUUAAUACAACAAAGAUGUCAGGUAAACGAAGAUUUAUCCUAUCAAAUAUUUGCUACAAUGUUAUCAUUUUAUAUUCCUCUAAUUGUUGUUUUAAUUAUUUAUGCAAAUAUUUAUCGUACCGCUCGUCAAACCUCUGAUAAUCGUUCAAGUGUACAAAUGUCACAAUUUUUAACCCCACAUAAUUCAAAUAACAUUACUAUUAAUAAUACAAAUAGUAAUAAUAACAUGACAUCAACACUGAGAAACGAUGGACGAGUAACAUUGUUAUCUGCUCAACAACCAGUACAAUCAAAUGGAUUUAAUGCUUCUUCAUCAAUAUCACCACAAGUCAUUGUGACAUCAGAUAAUAAUGAAAAUUUAGAUGAUGAAGAUGACGAUGAAUAUUAUAAUAGACAACUGGAAACAGAGGCAAAUCAUCGAUCCUCAUCAACAUCUACUAUUCAACAGCAAGAACAAUCAUUAUCAAAUAAACGAUUACGUAAUAAUACUAACAGUCUUCUUGAACAUAGUAGUGAUCCAUCAUCAAAAAGUCGACACAUUUUAAAUCCAGCACGUUGUCUAGGUAGACGUUUAAGUACACCAUUUAAUGUUGCACGAUUAUCAAUCUUUGUAUCUAGACGUUAUUCAUUUUUUAAACAUGUACAUUUACCGAACCAAAAAGCUAUUCGAACAUUAGGUGUAAUUUUAGGAACAUUCAUUAUCUGUUGGCUACCAUUUAUGCUUUUAGCUAUAUUAAAACCACUUUAUCUUAAAUUAAGUGGCAAUAUAUUACAUGUACCCGGUUGGGUUGAUUCCAUGUUACUUUGGUUCGGUUAUUCAUCAUCAAUGUUAAAUCCAUUAAUUUAUAGUAAAUUUAAUACAGAAUUUCGCACACCAUUUCGUGAAAUAAUAUGUUGUCGUUGUAUUGGUAUUAAUGAAAAAAUGAGAAGAAAAGAAUAUUUAGAGAAUAUGUAUGGGGUAGUGCAAACUGCAGCUGUAUGA